UCCUCAAAAUUUUUGUAUUGCAAUAACAAAGUUGUUUCCAGCUGUGACCAAAGCAAUUGAUCAAACACAACGAUGGCCGUACAUAUCAAAUGUGGGCGACCUUACAACAUCGAAGGGCUUAAGGCAAUGAUCGAACGGUGUGGUGGUCAAGGUCCCAGUCCCCCGAGAUGUCCACCAAUGUCGGUCGUUCAAAGUUCCCUGUCGUGUCCAAGAAACUCACCACCUGCAUCCAGGUGCUGCCCACCAUCUAAUUGUUGUCCCAAGGCAUCUAAAAAAAUUUUUCCAUUACCUCCGGCUGGAAUCUGCAUGACCUGUCCACCCAUGCUCCCGAUACCUCCCUGCCCUCCAUGCCCUUUUAUUUGUCCCCCAUGCACCGGAUAUCCUUGUGUCACUUGUGCUCCAUUUCCUAAACCUGUUCCGGCCCCCUGCAAUGAACCACCGAAGCCAGUUGUAAGGAUUCCGAUGAAUUCUGGUGGGCUGUUUUACACCGGGACCACUGUUUGUUACCCCUGCCCACCGCCAAGUUCACCCCCGAUGUGUUUGCCAUUUACUCCGAUUCCUGGGAUGUCGGUUUCGUGCUGA